AUGAACCUUGAAGAAUAUUUUGCAAGAACCGGGUAUAAAGGUUCCCUUGAAAAUCAAGAUCUGGAAACCUUAACUGAUAUAUUCCAGCACCACAUCCGUGCUGUUCCAUUUGAAAACCUCAGCAUCCAUUGUGGGGAGAAAAUUACUUUGGAGCUGGAGCACGUUUAUAACAAAAUCGUGCGGAGGAAGCGCGGUGGCUGGUGCAUGGAAAACAACCAGCUGUUAGGCUGGGUCCUGAAAUGCCUGGGGUACGAUGCCAGCUUUCUGGGAGCGUACGUGUUCAAUCCGCACAAAAACGCAUACGCCACCAUCAUGACCCAUCUCCUAGUCAAGGUAGUUAUUGACGGGAAAGCCUACAUUGUUGAUGGAGGCUUUGGUGUAUCCUAUCAAAUGUGGCAGCCGAUGGAGCUUGUGUCGGGGAAAGACCAGCCCCAGGCACCUGGUGUCUUCCGUUUCACAGAAAAAAAUGCCACCUGGUACCUUGAGAAAAUGAGACGGAAACAAUAUAUCCCCAAUCAAAAUUUCUCAAAUUCUGAUCUUCUAGAGAAAAAAGAGUGUCGGAAAGUGUAUAUGUUCAGUCUUGAACCACGGACAGUGGAAGAUUUCCAUUUCCAGUGUACGUACCUUCAGACGUCUCCAGAUUCCCUCUUUACGAAGAAGUCUAUCUGCACACUCCAGACCACUGAUGGCUUUCGAGCACUCAUCGGGUGGACGCUCACAGAGACCACAUACAAUUACAAGGAAAACAUGGAUCUGGUGGAAUUUAUAACCCUUAAAGAUGAAGAGGUGGAGAAGACACUGAAAGAGAAGUUCAACAUCACUUUAGAGAGAAAACUUAUCCCAAUUAACGUCAAAGGAUUUUACACAAUCUAG